AUGGAUUCAUUAAAAUGUACUUGUCAAUCUUCUCAACAAUAUUCUAUUAGCCUUCACGAUUUGGACCUUAACAUAACGCGUGACACUACAAUUCCAAUAUCAUACCAAAAAUAUGAAUCCCUAUCAUCUUGUCAAUUUCACGCUCUACAUCAUCAAAAAAUACUUGAUGAAAAAGUUUCCCACCAAAAAAUGUGGAAAAAACAAAAAGUUCAAACUCAGUCUUGCCUGACAAAUACUCUUUCAAAGAUACAUCCACAGAGCAUGUUCGAUUCUUUACUGGAGAUUAUGCAGCAAGAUUUGAAAAUUACUGAGGAGGAUAACAAAUCAAGCACCAUUGAUACCAUGAACGUCGUUUCACCAUUAUUUUCUUCCACCUCGAAUGCUAGUACACAGCCUACAGUUGAUUUUCAAAAACACUCACUUUAUUGCGAGUGUAGAGGAUCUGGCGUUGGUUGUCAAUGUAGAAGACAGUGUUUUUGCUAA